AUGACGAUAGUGACGCACUACGACGUCAAGUCGCAGUCGAGCGUCAUACUGCUGAAACACCGCUCGUUCAACGAUCUUCCCAAGGCGCUGAAAGAUGAACUUCACGAUAAGUUGGUGGAUUUUAUACUCAAUCCCAGUACGGCGGCUCUCGCAGGAAAUCCAUUUGCUCUCCAUCUACUCCAUUUUAAUAGCACCAUCCAGUACUACCGACGGGCUGCCCGAGAUCCCAGGGAUUCCGUGAGAAAAGAAGAGAUCAAGGCCCAUGGAGGGAGUUCCGGCCUAGAGGAAAUCAAUAUACAACGACUACACCUGACGCUUACCAGUCUUGACCAGGAUAAACUGCAGUUAAAUUUCAUUCUUGGAGUUCUCGCCCGUUUGCGGAAACAACACGACCAGUUUUACAGGAUGGUUAAGGGCGCUCCCGACGUGGAUAGCCGUGACUGGCUCUAUACCCGUGUAGAGGAAGAGUAUGAUCGAUUCGAGAACCAGAUUACAUAUUUCAAGACAUCCAUAGAGGAUGUGGCGGCACGGGCUCAAAGACUCUUGGAUCUGCUUUUCAACUUGAGUACUCGGCACAGUACACAUUUCAGUUCUCGUAUGGCUGAGGAAGCAAUGAAGGAGAGUGCAUCGAUGAGCACCAUUGCGAUCAUGACCAUGGUUUUCCUUCCAGGGACAUUUGUUGCCGGAUUUCUAGGGACGAAUCUUGUUAGUGGUCCGGGUCAAGCUGAUGGUUCCUCGACCAAAACGGGCAAUUCUACGACAAUUACGAUAUCAUCCCAAUGGUGGAUAUUCCCAGCUGCAACUAUUCCACUGACUUUACUCACGUUUCUACUAUGGUAUCUAUGGAAAGUAUAUGCCGAAAGGAUGGUCAAUAAACGCAUCUUGAAAGAUAAACGUAUGCAAGGCGAAGUUUGA